UGUCUCAGCUACCUGGUUGCAUUAGUUUGAUUUUUUUCUACUAGAUGACGCAUUGCAAAGUGACAAUCUCAAUUAUAUUCACGCUCUACGUUCGUCAAGCGAUCAGCUGUUGCGGUGCGGCGCGUAGAUGACCUUGGCUUAGAAUUCUAUUAAAGAUUAAAGCCGAGUAUAGAAUACAAGUACACGGAGAAGAGGAAUCAAAAAUCUAUUUUAAAAUGCCAAAAACAGCGAUUUUACUCCUGGCCGAAGGCGCGGAGGAAAUGGAAGCGGUUAUCACCAUCGAUGUUCUUCGACGUGCUGGGAUUGCAGUAACUGUAGCCAGUCUCGACGGCAGCAAUGUCGUCACAUGUAGCAGAGGUGUGAAAAUUUGCCCCGAUGAACAAUUGACGGAUGAACACAAGGAUAAAGCUUACGACGUUGUUAUAAUGCCCGGUGGACUUGCUGGCUCUCAAGCCUUGGCUAAAUCGGACAAAGUUGGCGCCAUCCUCCAAAAACAAGCGAGUGAAAAUCGACUAGUGGCAGCUAUUUGUGCAGCGCCAACUGCAUUGAAAGCCCACGGACUUGCCAAGGGCAAGAAAAUCACUGCCUACCCAUCGAUGAAGGAUCAGUUACAAGAUGACUAUACGUAUAUAGAUGAGAAGGUGGUGAUUGAUGGCAAUUUCAUCACAAGCCAGGGACCUUCGACUGCAUACUUGUUUGGAUUGGCAAUCGUUGAAGCCUUGAUAGGAAAACCAGAAGCAACUACAGUUGCCCGAGGCAUGCUUUGUGAUGAGUACAAGUAAUUUGGUACUACAAGACGAAGCGACGUAAGAGAAAGUUUUCCAGAAGGCUGGCCAGGAUGACGAAUGACAGUUUUUAAUAAAUAACAUUACUUCUAUAAGAUUUACGUGUACUUCUUUUAUUAUUAUUAAGAGUAGAUUCUCUCCUAUACUUAAGAAUUGCAAUAGUGACAGAGAAACAAGAAAGUAACGUUUUCAGAAAACUCUUAAACAAGAUCAAUUGUAUUUUUCACAUAUUACAUUAUUUCAGCCUACUGCAGCACGGCUUAAAAUCUAAUUGGAGGAAGCUUGACUUUGUCUUUUGGGUUGAAUGGUGGAAUGUGAAAAUCGAACCUCUGUGCUUCACAUCCCGCCAGUGCCAGCACCAAAGCUGCCGCCAACACAAAUACAAUGUUGAGGAACUUCAUUUUUAUAAAUUCUGAAAUCAGAAUAAAUAUCUAUGACUGGUGAAAUUCA